UAGUUGAAGUGUGGUAUAUUGGAAGAAGGUUCCAAAAUGCUUCGACAUUCAAAAUCGAGUUUUGUGUAUUUUCUUACAAGUUUUGUUUUGUAUUCAAAACAACUGUUCUCAGCGAAAAUUUUCCAUACUCAUAUUUCUCUCCGCUCUCAGCUGUGAACCGUGCAGUGAGGUUGCAGCAUUAGUCAUCAAUGGCCCGAAUGCCUUUAAGCCGGGCUAAAGUAAAAACAGGUAACACACAAAACAGUUUCCAAUACAGCAACGAAUGGUGGAAUGUACAAAUGAAUGGGAGAAAACAAAAGAAGCGAAGAAAACAUGUUAACCCCGAUCGCUAGGUGGUGGUGUUGUGCUCAACAUCGAUCUCUUUUCCGUACAUGUGCGUUAGUGUCUGGCGCGGAUGCAUGAACAGCGUAUAUGAAGGUAACAACGAUAGCUGCCACCAGUCAUAGUCACCGUCAGACAACGUUCGAUCACAAAGCAGUGAGUUAAGCGCAGUUUUUGCUUUUCAAUUCGCCUUUGUCGCUGCGUGUGACGUCGUACGUUCGUUUGUGGGACGAAAUAAGUGAGUAAACAAGUGAGCGCCGCUUAGUCAAUUCGUUUACUGGCCGUGUGCUUAAAUGGAACGCUACUGGUUGCUGGCGCUGGUUGGAUCGCAUAAUCGCUGGACAAUGAAGCAGAACGCUGGUCGCAGAAUGCACGUCAAUUCUACCGUAUGCGAUUUUCAAUAGUAAAAUAUAAAAGAGGAAACUGACGUUGGUGAAAAUUCAAAACAUAAUUCAGAAGUCUAAUAAAAGUAGUAAAAGAAACGAGCAUUAAUUAGUGCGCCAACAAAGCAGAUGCAGAUAAUCGAAUUUGAUAAGAGUAAAUAAAGGUCGCAUUGAAUGAGGGUGGCACCCUGAACGCCAAGCGCGGACGGAGCAUUUAAUUAGUCGGAUUCCAGCAACAGUGGCUACAGCAGCAGCAUUCAGAAUGGCAGCAAAGACUUUUCAAACACUUGAACGAACGGUGCACACGCAACGGCGAAAGAAUACCUACAAUAACGGCCACCGCCCAGGUAAAGCGUGGAGUCACACCUGGCGAAGUCGCUAUGACAGCGGCGGCGGUAGUAGCAGCAGCGACAGCAGCACUAAUACCAACAGUUCAACACACUUGUUUACGCGACGUUCUGGCCGUGGCUUGUUGCAAACGCUUUUGUUGUAUUUCGCUACACUCCUAAUAUUGGCUAACGCACAAAACACCGAACACACCGAGCUGCAGAUCGUGCCCAUCGCAGGUGAGUCAACAUUUUUCUACGUCGGUUGUUACACGGCGCGCACUGAUCUUCUCAAGGAGUCCAUUUACUCGAAGACGCCGCAGACAUGUGUCGAAAUAUGCGAGCAUCAGAGCUACAGUUAUGCUAUUUUAUCGGCGGAGCGUUGUUUCUGCAUAAACAAUGUCAUCGCGAAGGAUCGCCAGGAUGACAAGCUGUGCAACACACGCUGCUUAGCUGACAAAUCACAGUAUUGUGGUGGCGUCGGGGUGCACAGUUAUUAUUCAACAAAAUGGGCCACAAAAACGGCGCCGCGCAAUUUACGUGUGGACAACGUAACGGAGUACACCAUAACAAUAGUUUGGGACUCGCACUUGUCCCCUAGCAAAGUGUUCGUGGCUGGCGAUGAGGCGGCCACAAUUAAGCCCGUGCAAGAUAUUACGAAUUUCCGCAUACGUACACAUGUACUGCGCACGUACUCAACACUGCCCUUCUUUCCGCAACCGGAAUUCAUCGUGCAGGGCAUUGAGACAAGCUUCGAAAUUACUGACCUACAUCCGGCCACCGAGUACAACAUCACCGUUGAGGCAUUGUGCGCACAGUUGGUAUGUGGCAACGAUUCGUUACUUGCCAUCACAGAAGUGGGUGUACCGGGUCCCGCGCCGCCGCAGCCACGUGUGAUCCGCACUACAGAUACCGCCAUAACCAUAGAAAUCCCGCCGUUGCACAAUGAUAAUGGACCGCUGUCCAAAGUGUUGGUUAUUGUGGAACGCAUGGAUGCCGCGCUGAGUCAACCUUUCGACACUGAACUGCUGGGUAGUUGGCAAAAGGCGCAGGAAGAUGGACUGCCGUAUUACAUAACUGCACAGCUGGAUUAUAACGGACCGGAUGAUAAUAGAACGCGACAAUUUAUCGUGGGCGAUGGCAGGCGUUAUGGACCUUAUAUGAAUGUGCCAUUAAAUACGAGCGGUGCCGAUAUACACAUCAGUCUGGGUGUGAUUAGCACAUUCAAUGGUGUAACAAAGACCCUGUAUACCCGUGGUUCACACGAUCAACACUCGCUUACAUUGGAUAAUUUUCAAUACGCCACCUUCGAUACGGGCCGCGCUUCCAUUAUUGCUUUGACCGUGACUUGCAUUGUUUUUGCAAUCUGUUUGGUGCUCAGCGUGUUCACGUAUUUCUAUCUGCGCUACAAGACCUGCCAGGCGCGCGGUGGUCUCAAUCGCAAUGCGCAUGAGAUGACCAUGCAACAGCCAAUUAUUGAGCGCGAGAACAAUGGGUUCGUUGUGGAGGAUGAGUUGCUGCCCGCUGAGAAUUUCCGCCAGCAGCUUGAUGUGCUCAUCUCGGCCUUAGAACCCAGCAAGCGUUUGCCCCGCAAUGCGCUGCGAAUGAACGUCAACGACAUCUUUGCUGAUGGACGUUAUGGUGAGGUAAUCACUGGUAAAUUCAUCUCCGCCGCAUUGCCGGAAGCGAGCGCCGACUGUCAGUUGCAUGUGCUUGCUUUGGACGAUCUGCAGGGCAAAGAGCAGGCACAUUUGCUGCGCGAUUUCCGCAAUCUGUCGAAGCUGCAGCGCCACGAGCAUUUGCUCGACUUCUAUGGCAUUUCGUCCAGCACCGAUUGGUUUUACUUGGUGUUCGAGCAUCAAACGGUGAGUUUGAAACGGCGCCUCAUUGAGAGUAGACGCGUGCCUAAUACGGCGCCCAUGCAACGGAUUACCGCACUCUCCGAGGAGUUGGUGCUACAAUGGAUCUACGAGAUAGCCAGCGCGCUCGAGUACCUUAGCAGCUGCAAAGUGGUGCACAAACAGCUGUGUUCACAUAAUAUUUUCGUAACGGCGGAUGCCAAAUUGAAGGUAUCGGUAUUCGGUCCAAUACCUUACGUGCAAAACGAGAAAAAAAUCGACAUAACGCGCUGGUUGGCACCGGAAGCGCUACGCUAUCAACACUACUCCGUCAAAUCGGACGUGUGGUCGUUUGCUUGCGUCGCUUGGGAGUGCUGUACGCUGGGCGGCACAUUAUAUGCCAAUAUCACCAACACACAACAACUGCUUGACGCCAUCAAGAGCGGUUCGCGACCUGCACAACCGUCAUUCGUUUUUCAGGACUUUUAUCAACUGUUGCUCAACUGCUGGCAGCUAGAGCCAAGUGAACGUAUCGAUUUCGAUGAGAUCGCCUAUAAUGUGCGUCAGCUGAUGACGUCGCCGCGACACGCGUUAUGCUUCGAUCGGGUGCCGGAGCUGCCCGGCAAUAAUGUGCUCGACACGCUGCCAUACUACAUGCCAAUGCUGGAAAUGCUGAACUAGCAACAUGUGAUUCCUGCAAGUGCUUAUGGAGGAGUAAAAAGUAGCCAGUCAAAUGUGGUUGUUGAGAAAAGCAAAUUUAAUGAUUAAAACUGUUUAUUUAGUUCAACAUGUUUUGACAUAUCCAACCGCCACUUUUGGCUGUGACA